CUGCUGGCGCUGGGAAUGGUGUACUUGGAAGAUUGCUUGAAGAAGAAAGCUUACCAAACGAAUCCAUGGCAGAUUUUAUCAUCAAUCUACUGUUUGCCGGAAAUGAAACCACUGCGAAAACAUCGUGCAAAUGAGCAGGAAGAACAUGAUAGGCUCGCAGGUGGAAUGCUAACAUGGCAAGAUUACAAGACAAUGGACUUCACUCAAUGCGUAAUAGAUGAGACACUCAGGCUUGGGGGAAUUGCAAUCUGGCUAAUGAGAGAGGCGAAAGAAGAUGUCUCAUACCAAGAGGUAUGGAUUUGAAGUACAAGAGGAAUCCAUGUUAGUUUAAGCAUGGGGACAGGAGGGAUAGAACAUCUGCAGAUGUUCCAAAUUCAGAGGAAGAGGCUUAUUACUUGAUGAGGACAGCUUUUUUUGAAUCUGAAGUUGGUGAUGAACUUCCAUCUGAGUGUACUGCAGAAGAAUCAGAUUUUAGGGAAAAGUUAGAGGAUGCUGAAACUGCACUAUGUAUACUCAACGUGUCACAAGUACAACAAGGUCUCUGAAAUUUAUGUCGCACCAUUUGUUUUAAGUGUCGAAGACUGGUGUUCAAAAAAAAAAAAAAAAAAAAGAGAAAGUGUCGAAAACUUUGUUUUAUUUUGGUAUGCACUUCUCUAGACUUUGUUUUAUUUUUAUGUCGAACAAUAUAUGUAUGCACUUCUCUAGACUUUGUUUUCUCAUGUUAAUAAAUUUUAAUUCAUAAUUA